CUACCCGCAUAGCCCGCAGCCCACGCGGAGGUGCAGGGAACCUGCAGGGAUCCUCACUGCCCCAGGGCCUCGAGCCAAGGGAGUGAGGCGGGCGGCGCGGACUCCCCGGAGCCCAGCUCCAGGUGGGACGCGGUGUUCUGCGGUGUUUUCCGAGCUGCGUUGGACAGCCUGGGACGCGGAUAGCUACCUACCGCGCUCGGAUCUCCUGGGGACCUCUCCCAGAGGGCGCGCCGAGACAUGGAGGGCGCAGACCUGGCGAUGAAGCUCCUGUCCACCUGGCUGACGCUGGUGGUCGGCCUCAUCCUGUUGCCCUCGGCCUUCGGAUUGUCUCUAGGCAUCUCGGAGAUCUACAUGAAGAUCCUGGUGAAAACCUUGGAGUGGGCCACAUUACGAAUUGAAAAAGGAGCCCCAAAGGAGUCAGUUCUUAAAAACUCAGCUUCUGUGGGUAUUAUCCAAAGAGAUGAGUCACCCAUGGAAAAAGGGCUCUCUGGUCUUCGAGGAAGGGACUUCGAGCUCUCUGAUGUGUUUUAUUUCUCCAAGAAGGGCUUGGAAGCCAUUGUGGAAGAUGAAGUGACCCAGAGGUUCUCCUCCGAGGAGCUCGUAUCAUGGAACCUCCUCACAAGAACCAACGUCAACUUUCAGUACAUCAGUCCGAAGCUCACGAUGGUGUGGGUGCUGGGUGUCCUAAUACGUUAUUGCUUUCUGCUCCCUCUGAGGGUUACUCUGGCUUUCAUUGGGAUCAGUUUGCUGAUCAUAGGAACUACACUGGUUGGACAGCUCCCGGACAGCAGCCUCAAAAGCUGGCUGAGUGAACUGGUGCAUCUGACCUGCUGUAGGAUCUGCGUCCGGUCCCUGUCCGGCACCAUUCAUUAUCAUAACAAGCAGUACAGACCCCAGAAGGGAGGCAUUUGUGUUGCCAACCAUACAUCUCCCAUCGAUGUCUUAAUCUUGACAACGGAUGGCUGUUAUGCCAUGGUUGGACAGGUUCAUGGUGGAUUGAUGGGGGUCAUUCAGAGAGCCAUGGUUAAGGCUUGUCCACACGUCUGGUUUGAGCGCUCAGAAAUGAAGGACCGACACCUGGUUACUAAGAGAUUGAAAGAACAUGUCGCUGAUAAGAAAAAGUUGCCCAUAUUAAUCUUCCCUGAAGGUACCUGCAUCAACAAUACUUCAGUCAUGAUGUUUAAAAAGGGAAGCUUUGAAAUUGGAGGGACCAUAUAUCCAGUGGCAAUAAAGUAUAACCCCCAGUUUGGUGAUGCAUUCUGGAACAGUAGUAAAUACAACAUGGUGAGCUACUUGCUUCGAAUAAUGACCAGCUGGGCCAUCGUCUGCGAUGUGUGGUACAUGCCUCCCAUGACCAGAGAGGAAGGAGAAGAUGCUGUGCAGUUUGCAAACAGGGUUAAAUCCGCCAUCGCUGUCCAAGGGGGGCUGACUGAACUUCCCUGGGACGGAGGUCUGAAGAGGGCAAAGGUGAAGGAUACCUUCAAGGAAGAACAGCAGAAGAAUUACAGCAAGAUGAUUGUAGGCAACGGCUCUCCCAACCUGGAGCUGGACUGAGGCGCCAUGGAUGAACUGGCUUCCCAGAGCUGGCCUUCAGACGGGAAAUUUUAUAACAUCGUUUGUUGUACUGUUUUUUGCUCGUUUAUUGUUAAUCUUUUCUACCGGCUGAAUGUCUCUCUACCUCUUCACACGAGAGGCAGAACCCACAGGUGCCCCCCCCCGCCCCCUUUUUGACAUUUUUGUUAUAGUAUUGGUUCAAUGAAUUGUAAGGCGGAUUCUUGAGUGGAAGCAGAUUCUGCCUUUUGUAAAAAUGGUGUGUCAUUGAUGAUUGAAUGAAUCUUUGUCUGCAAACCAGUGCUUCUAGAGAGUGUUUGGAGCUUGUUAAUAAAGUAAUUCUCAAAAACAGCUCCACACUUGCUAAUUUGAUUUCCUCUCCCUUUCAUUUCUUUUAUUUUU